UAACAGCUCCAGUGGACAUUCCUGCAGUCAGCAUGCCAAUUGCCCGCUCCCUCAGAGAUCUGUGGCAUUGUUGUGUGACCAAACUGCACAUUUUCGAGUAUCCUUUUAUUAUCCCCAGCACAAGGUGGACCUGUGUAAUAAUCAAGCUGUUCAAUCAGCUUCUUGAUAUGCCACACCUGUCAGGUGGAUGGAUUAUCUUGGCAAAGAAUAAAUGUUGUAUAAAUGUAAAAAAUUCUGCUAUCUUUUUUGUUCAGCUCAUGAAACAUCCAACACUUUACAUGUUGCGUUUAUAUUUUUGUUUUUUGUUGUUACUAUCAGUUUUAGGAACAUUUACCCAAAAUAUGACAUCAGCGAUAAUCAAAAUGUUGAAAAUCUGUGAAUGUCUAAAUAAGAAAUUGGUCCAAUUAAACAGCAAUGUGUCGAACCCUUUCAACAACGGGGAGAUGUUACUGAUGUGCUUUGUAUCUGUGACGUAAAAACUAGUUUUGGACUUCCACACAAAAUUACUUCUUUAGUUAUUUUAUGUUUAAGGAAGUGUGUAGGUCACAUUCUGUAUCAUACAGCUAUGAAUGUUAUAUAUUUAGAACCACCUGUUUAAUUGGAAUCCAGCGACGUCUGUGUCUUCAGUGUCCUAGAACUGUCUAGUUUUUUGUGUUCUGACUUGUAAAACAGGAUGAAUAAGUAAAUGUAAACAUAGCAGUAAUUACCAGGAAGCUCUACAUUUGUUUUAAAAUCACACUAAGAUUGUUAAAACUGGCCUCAGUUUAUUGAGAGAUCUGAUUUAGGAUUUACCCUCGUAGCAAGGUUUUUUUAUCAUGUGGUUUCAUUUGGGUCUCUAUUUAAAAAUAACACUAUCUUUGGCAGGAGAAAGACCAGACUCAGAGGAACCAGAGCCAGGGACGUCCAAACCAGCAAGACGACACCACUGCUCCCAGUGUGGACAGUGUUUCAACCACAAAGCACACCUGAAACAACAUGAGAGGAUACACACAGGGGAGAAGCCUUACCACUGCUUCCAAUGUGGAAGGUGGUGUUUCAACCAGUCCCAAUGUGGAAAGUGUUUCAACCUGAAACUGAAAGAACAUGAGAGAAUACACACAGGAGAGAAGCCUUACCACUGCUCCCAAUGUGGAAAGUGUUUCAACCAUUCGGGGAUGCUGAAAGAACAUGAGAGAAUACACACAGGAGAGAAGCCGUACCACUGCUCACAAUGUGGAAAGUGUUUCAACCGGAGUGGACACCUGAAACAACAUGAGAAAAUACACACAGGAGAGAAGCCGUACCACUGCUCCCAAUGUGGAAAGUGUUUCAACCAUUCGGGGAUGCUGAAAGAACAUGAGAGAAUACACACAGGAGAGAAGCCGUACCACUGCUCCCAAUGUGGAAAGUGUUUCAACCAGAGAGGAAACCUGAAAGAACAUGUGAGAAUACACACAGGAGAGAAGCCUUACCACUCCUCCCAGGGUGCAAACCAUUUGCCCAUUUAGGAAGCCUGAAAGAACACAUUAGACUGCACACAGAGAAGAAGGCUUAGAAAAGCUCAGACUGUGGGAAAACAUAUUACUCAUAAGUCACUUAAACAUCAUUAGAGAAUCCACACAGGAGAGAGAAAUUACUUCUCUUAGCGUGUAUGUUGAUAUUUCACAUCACAUUGACUUAAAAUUCAUCAGAGAACAUACACAGUGCUCCUGUUGUCUUAUAUUGUUGACUGACAAUGUGUUUACCUGUCUUUACCAUAUGUAAUUAAAUGUUACAGGGUAUACUCAAACAUAUAUUUGUUUGUUUUUAUUAGAAAACAUGAAGUGAAUAUGGAGUCUGUCAGUUUGAAUAUAAAGAAGAUCAGGUUCCUUCUUUUAAACUGUCCUUUUUUUAAACUCUUUGUGUGUGUUUAUCUGGGUGUGUCAUUCCUCCAGCACUACAGAUAAUCAAGUGAUAUUUGGAUGUGAUGCAUUUGUUCCAUUGUUGACAUUUGCAUUGUAGCCCACUGAUGAUUUAAUGACAUGAAAAUGUUCAGACUCUGUAAUGGAAAAUGUUAAUUGUUUGUGUGUCCACAUAACUGAGUAUGUGACUAACCUUGUGAAACUGUAUUAUAAGCUCCUGUUCUUGGGAGUAUCAUCCUGUGUUGCAAACCAAUUUGCACCUGUGUCCUUGUAUGAAUAAAGUCCCGCCCAGGAACAGGAAACUAUAAAGAUAUGUGCUCAUCACUCAAUGCUUCAGGAAUUCAGACUGUCUACACUGCACUGUGUAACUCUGUUAUUCUCUCUGAGCUCAGAAAUAAAGAAUCUUGGUUUGA